AUGGCCCAUCAUGACCCCGAGCGUGUUGCCCGAAUCAUGCUAGCAUGGCACUCACUCGAACUCGUCACUUGCGCCUCCCUGCAGACCCUAUGGGCAGGGUAUGGCCAGAUCUGUGCCAUCACCUCCCGGGCAACUACCACUGCAGCAGCAGAGAAUUUAAGCAAACUGUGCGGUGUAGAGCACGGGAAUGCUGGAUCAACUUUUCCUUUGAUUUUGAAACUUAUCUCACCACCGAGAAAAAGCAACAGCAAUGCCGAUGAGGGUCAUCUGCGAAAGAUGCUGAGCUAUGAAGUAGAGCAAUACUUUUAUAGUAAUGUGGUCCCGCUUCUAGACGAAGAUAUUGGUAUUGCGCAAUGUCUUACCUCGACGCGGGGCGUGGAUGGUCGAAAGGACGAAGACCAGUUGAAAGGUCUCAUGGCCACCAUCAUGGUAGAUCUGCGGCCGAAAUACCCCGUUGCGGGCGAAAAGAGGAGUGUCCUGAGUCAUACCCAGGUGUGCGGAGCUUUGGACUGGCUGGCUAGAUUUCACAGCCGGUCAAGGAGUUUGCUGCCGAAGAGUCUUGAAAGUUGUGUACUGCCACCCUUGGAAGAAUCAAAAAGGAGAAAAAGUGCAGAUACUGUUGGAGCUGGGCUCUGGCUCAAUGGGGGUUAUACAUAUCUUGCAACGAGGCGAAAAGAGUACGCGUCCCUUGUCGAGGAUGACUCCGAGUGGACAGAUGCCAUGUGCAGAGCGCCAGAAGGCUCUUCCCUCUCUGUUGCCGAGAUGGCUGCUCUGGUAUUGACACCUCGUGGGAGAUCUGUCGAAUCAUAUAUCCACGGCGACGUGAAGUCAGAGAACCUGUUCACGAAUGAAACUGGGGACCAAGUGGCAUUCUUCGACUUCCAGUAUGUUGGGGUUGGACUGGGUGUUUGUGAUCUUGCCAAACUCUUCACCUGCUCGGUCCCAUUGAAUUUGCUCACUGAUGAAUCUGGUCUACCGGAAGAACUAGCAAUGUGCGAAGGAGAAAGGCGACUGUUAGAGCGAUACCGUAAAAGUCUCCAGGACCAGGAAUACGACUGGGUGACGUUCACUCGACACUGGGAGACGGCUCUUGUCGACUGGUGCAGAUUCCAAGCUUCGUGGGGAUUCUGGGGUAAUACUGAGUGGCUGGAGGCUCGUGUGAGAUCAAUUCUGGCCAAUCAAUCGUGGAGGGAAUGGCUAUAUCAGCAAGUAUGCGAUGGGAAUGUUCCGUGCAAGGCGUGCAUUUCAAAUAAACGCGACUGUCAACAAAAUGGAACUGAUAUGAGGGGAAGGUGGCGGGAAGCUGACCGGGAAAAGACAAAUAAAAGAGUACAAAACUCCAAAAUUGGAGAAGCUCGAGAUGAGCAAGAUCUCAAUAGCUCACAUUCCUCGAGAUCAUAUCCCAAGGGCCACGAGAAGGAUUUCCAUGCAACUCGAAGCGGACAAAAGAGCGUUGCAGAUGAAAGCAUAACGCCUUUCUCCGGUGAAACAUCACUGACGCACAACAUCACCGUCGUCGAAGGCAGACUAGAGCAGAUGGGCGUGAGAUAUCCGAGACUGCGAUCUGAGUCCCCCCAUCAAUCCUUCUCAUCGCGUUUUACACCGUCGCCGCCAGCAUCUCCUAAAGAGGUUCCACGUCAGCAAUCUAAGAGACACUUACUAUUCCAGGUUCUCGAUUCCCACAAAAUCGUACCCGAUCGGGCACAGUGGGACCGUGUCAUGAAUACAUUCUGUGAUGAGGUUCUGAUUUUGGUUCCUUUCUUGCAUCUGCCCUCGGUAUGGGAGGCAUACGAAAGUAUGUGGGACGACAAACUUGUUACCCCUUCAGUGCCUGGCUCCCCUCGUGCAGAGUGGAGAUUCACGUCCUCGUAUGUUCUACUGUGUCUGGCGAAUGGGACAUGUGUUGAAUCUUCACGAGUGAAUGACCAAGAGGUGCAGUACUCCGCUGGUUGGAGUUUGUAUCGAGCGGCGAGAGACAUAUUCGGAGAUCUUUUGGAUGUUUUUGGUCAGUGCACUAAUCAGAUACUCUUACUCCAAAACAUCAUUUUGAUGGUUAUCUACCUGUUUCGACUUGAUGCACACGGACCGGCUGAAAAGCUCCUGGCUCUUGCGAUAUCCCAUUCACAUCACAUCGGGCUCCAACGCCGCCAAGUUGUCGAGUCUAUGAACAAAUUCGAUGGCGAAAUGGCUCGUCGCCUGUGGUGGUGCACAUAUCUCAUGGACAGAAGACUGGCAAUUGAGACUGGCCGUCCAUUCCUCAUCCAGGACUUGAAUGUUGACAUAGGCCUUCCUCAAGGGAUGAGCGAUGAAUUACUUUCCAAAUACCGAGGAGUUGCGCACUCUUCGGAACCAGAUGACUUUGAUACUGGGUCCUCUCCCACCACAGUACCUUAUCUCAUUGCUAUGGUUAGCUACUCGAGAGUGAUAGGCAAAGUCUGGGAGGCACUGUACGGCGCUUCGACCUCAGAUUCGACCCCCAGUCCGCUUCUCAAAGAAUACCUGGAGCUCCUCGCAACGCAAUCCCAAGGUGAUCUACAGCCGGAAUUUACAUAUGACCCACAGAGUCCUGGGAGUUAUAAAGCAAAUGGAUUGGCAUGGUGGCAGAUCAAACAACAAUUGAUGAUGAGAAUUGUAAGAACCAUCGCGAGCUCUUGUGUUAAAACCUUUGAAUAUUUGCUAACUGCCAUGCAGCGGUGGUCUUCAUUAUACCUUCUCAUUAGAAAGCCGAUGCUUCACAAUAAAGGAAACCCAUCGUUGUCCGCACCGGAAACAAUGGAGAACGAAGUUGUCUGCAUGCGGCUGGCACAGAGUACUAUAAAAGACUUCACUAAUAUACCAGAAGACCACCCAAAGUACACAUUCCCAUUCCUUCACUAUCUCACAAGUGCGAUCAUAACUGCCCUCGGAUUGAUCAUCAAGCAAACCUCUUUCAAGAACACAUACGGGGACUUAACACUGGAAGCUGCGCGGUCCCUGAAAAAGCACUGCCGAAGGACCUGGGUGUCAGGAAAAAUGGCCCGAGCUGUCUGGAAAUUGAAUCAAAUGGCAGAAGCAAUCCUGAAUCCCAGCACCCGUUCACAUGAAACCCCAGGAAACCGCAAUCAGAACUUACCAACCGCGCCAACUGUUGAUUCGCCAUAUCUGAACAAUGUGCCCCGUUCUAAAACAUCUCAGCAGGAUGUUCGGAGCGCGCAAAAUCAAAUAUUUUCAGAUGCAACCCAUGUGUGCCAUCAAAUGCAAACCAGUCAGUCUGUUCCCUUGGGACACGAUCAUUUUAUAUCAACAGAUCACCUUUCAACGUCUUUUCUUCACCAGGGACCACGCUCUAGCGUCGCAGCCGGAAUAUCACAUAACAUGGAAACAGGAGGUGUGUCCAGUAUCCCGGUUGACGACAGCCCCAACGUAUGGAGUAUUCCAUCGGCCCAAUUGCCUAUCCUGGGAGCAGAUGUGGUGGGAUCAGAUGCAAAUGCCUGGUUCCCUGGAGAAAUUAUAGAUGGUGGGAUGGAAUGGUUGCAAGGAUUGUAUGCAAGCGAUUUGGAUUCCCAUGUUCCGUUGGAUAUGCACUGGUAG